AUGUCAGCAGAGGAAGAAGAAGCAUUAGGUUACACGGUGGGAACUGCCCACACCCUACAUCUGAACGAGCUCCAUACAAGACUGCUCCUCUGCAUUCAAUAGGAGGAAGAAGAAGAAGGAGAAAAAAAUCACAGCAACUGGCACCCUGGGCAGCUCUGGGCAUUUAUUCUACAUAGCUGCUCCUAGGAUACUAAAAGUUGGUGCCCUUCCCCCUCUGAGCUGCAAUGUCUACUACCCAAGCGACCAGGAGCUCCUUGAGUGCCAACAAGACUUUCCUGAGAAGUUUCCCAGGGGUGCUGAGACUUCUGCAGCUGGCCAUGGGUGCUGCCCUGUGGAUCACCAUCGCCUCCAACAACUACAGCGGUGCUGUGCACUUUGUCCUCUUUGUGGCUGUCUUCUUCUGGCUCCUGACCCUCAUCUUGUAUUUCCUUACCCUGCUGGACAAGCAGGAGCUGGUGCCACUCCUGGGAGGCCAACACUGGCUGCUCACCAACCUCAUCUAUGAUGCCCUGGCCACAGUCUUGCACAUUGCUGCCACCAUUGUUAUGGCCACUUACACAGACCAGAAUUCCUUCUGCACCCUGGAGGGCUACCAGUUCUCCUGCCCCUACAAUACCUACCUGGCAGCCUCUAUCUUCGCCAGUCUGUGCAGCUUCUUGUACCUGCUCACCACUGUCUGCUUCAUAUGGAAGAAGUGCCAAGGGGGGCAAAGCAUUAUAUAGGGGGGCAGAAGUCCUGGGAACACCCAGACAAGUGACAGUAUUUACAUGGAUCCCUUUGGAGCGCCUCAUUUUUUAUAACCCUUUUUUAUUUGUUUGUGUUAGAUCAGUGGUCUUCAAACUGUGGCCCUCCAGAU